AUGGAUACAGUUGUCAAAAGUAUGUUAGAAGAGGAUUCUGAAGACGAGAAAAAGGGUUUAGUGAUAUUCGGUAGAGAUGUCUCAAAAAUACCUUGCUUCAGAGAAAGUUUCUUGUAUGGAGUUUCAUCUGGAGUUGGUGUGGGAUUGAUAGCAUUUUUAAAAACUUCUAAGCCAAUGUUAGCGCAGCAUAUUGGUUUUGGGACAUUCUCGCUGUCAACUUUAAUGUAUUGGUCAUAUUGUAGAUACCAAUGGUCAAAACAAAAGUUUGAUGCUCAGUUAUUACAGGAAGCUUUGAAGGAUAAAAUUUUGCAUGAAGGAACUAUAGUAGAAAAGGAAUUGGAAGAAAAAGGUGUUCUAAAGACAGUUUGA